AAAUAAUUUAAAAAAUCGAAAUAUAAACGACCCAAAAAGACAGAUGGAAACCAUAUUCACUCUCUCUUCUUCAUUAGCCUUUCGUCUCCUUCUUCUCUUCUCUAUCUCUCUUUAGCUUCUCUACGCAAGCUUAUUAUCUCUUUCUCUUAAAGCUUUUUCUAUAUACAAACAGAAGCGUUUGAUACUGUAAAAAAGAUUUAGAAAUGGAGACUCUGAGUCGUUUAUUGGUUUUCAUGUCUCUGUUUUCCGGUUUAGUUUCUGGAUUUGCUCUGCAAAAUCUUCCAAUCACAUCUUUUGAAGAAAGUUACACUCAACUUUUUGGUGACAAGAACUUAUUUGUUCAUCAAGAUGGCAAAUCUGUCCGGUUAACGCUCGAUGAAAGAACCGGUUCCGGUUUUGUUUCAAAUGAUUAUUACUUGCAUGGAUUCUUCAGUGCUUCAAUUAAAUUACCUUCUGAUUAUACAGCUGGAGUUGUUGUUGCCUUUUAUAUGUCUAAUGGAGAUAUGUAUGAGAAGAAUCAUGAUGAGAUAGAUUUUGAGUUUCUUGGUAACAUUAGAGAAAAAGAAUGGAGAGUUCAGACAAACAUUUACGGUAAUGGAAGUACUCAUUCAGGAAGAGAAGAGAGAUAUAAUCUCUGGUUUGAUCCUACUGAAGAUUUUCAUCAAUACAGUAUCCUCUGGUCUGAUUCUCACAUCAUAUUCUUUGUAGACAAUGUUCCUAUUAGAGAGGUCAAACGUACUGCGGAAAUGGGUGGUCACUUUCCAUCAAAGCCGAUGUCUCUCUACACAACAAUAUGGGACGGUUCUAAAUGGGCAACUAACGGUGGAAAGUACGGUGUAAACUACAAAUAUGCGCCUUACAUUGCGCGGUUCUCGGAUCUAGUCCUGCACGGCUGCCCCGUGGACCCUAUCGAGCAGUUUCCGAGGUGCGAUGAAGGCGCGGCUGAGGAUAUGCGUGCGGCGCAAGAGAUUACUCCUUCACAAAGGAGUAAAAUGGAUGUUUUCAGACGGAGACUCAUGACAUAUUCAUAUUGCUAUGAUCGGGCUAGGUACAAUGUUGCUUUAUCGGAGUGUGUGGUGAAUCCCGCUGAGGCUCAAAGGCUUAGGGUUUAUGAUCCGGUCAGAUUUGGCGGCAUUCCGAGGCGCCACCGCAAUGGAAAGCACCGGAGCAAGAGAAGCCGGGUUGAUGGAACCGAGUCGAUAUGAUAACAUAUAUAGGCAAAAUAGUAUGGGUGAGAUUUGGGGGUUCUAUAAUAAGUCCAUUAUUUUGGUUAUUUAUGAUUCAAUGCAUUUUCACAUAUAGAGGAGGCAUUUUUGUCAUUUGUUAGUUGUAUAUCAUUAUAAGAAAAGAAAAAAUAAUUAAUUUAUUUAUUUGUGAUAUUUUUUUUAUAUAUGAUAAAUUGUUUCUUGUUUUUGUGAAUACUUUACAGUUGUUUACGAAUAUUAUCGGUGUAAAUAAUUUCAGAUAUCUUGGAAUUUAUAUUUGUAUUCAAUUUUGUGUACUUUAUGUGACGAGAGUUUUGUCUCGCUUGUACUUGUUUUAUUC